AUUAUAGGUUGUCAAAUUGAGAGAGAGCCAGCAGAGGCAACUGAGCGAUACACUCGAUGGAUCAAUAAUCUAACCUGUGAGCAGCUUCUUACUCAGGUUUUUACUUCCCAUGGGCCAACUGUAAUUAUGCCAACUUGGUUCUGUUCCCGAGAAUGGUUUUGUCAUGUGGGCAGAUUUGAUGAAGCGGGAAAGGGCACCCCAGAAGACCUGCUGUUCUUUUAUGAACAUCUCCGAAAAGGUGGUGGAGUCUUUCGAGUCAACCAGUGCCUCCUUCUGUACCGUUACCAUCCACAGGCGACAACUCAUUCAGUUCUAGAGGGAACCAUCUGGACACACCGUGUCUUGUUUCUGGAAGAGAGAAUCCUCAGUCGGUGGACUUUCUUCACCAUUUGGAAUGCUGGCAAACAGGGAAGGAAGCUCUUUAGGAGUUUGACUCCAGCUAAUCAGAAAAAAGUGGCUGCAUUUUGUGAUGUGGAUACAAAUAAAAUCUCAAAAGGAUUUUAUACUUAUGAAGAAUCUAAGGAAAACCCCAAGCCCAGAAUCCCCAUCCUGCAUUUCAGAGAUGCUUCCCCACCUUUCAUUAUCUGUGUGAAGCUGGAUUUGACAGGUGGACAGUUUGAAGAGAACUUGAAGCUGUUGAAUCUGAAGGAAGCUGUGGAUUAUUAUCAUUUUAACUGAAGAAUGUGGUGCACUGGAAGGCUUUAUGUUGCUAGACAAACCAGAGGAGACGCUAGCCUGUUUCUGCCCCCACCUCCAAAGGAAUUCCUUAAAACAGGUAUUAGUCAAUUUAAAGGUGAAAUACUUCUUGUAUUUCCUUAAAAAAAGAGGGGGGGACAGCUGAUUGUGGAAUGACUGCAAAGCUUAGUACACAAUCUAAACUCUGUUCUGUGAAUGCUGCUCUCGAUCUGAAGGUGUACAGAAGGAGUUUCCCACAGAGUUGCUAGCAUUUCAAGGAUGCCGCUCCUUUGCACUAUUCACACAUUGUAAAGGAAUAGUAGGAUGAGAUCCUGCUGAUCCAUUACAACCUGCACAUUGGGGGAAAUGAGACAAGUCACAACUUUGAUGAUUCCCCGCCCUACCCCAGCUAACAGGUUGAAAUGUCUAACAUUGUAGGGGAGACACACCCAAUUGUUCUUGCAUUGUUUUUUUUUAGAAGGGUGCAUUUACAGUUGGCCUAUGUAUCAAGAAGUGGUGGAGGCCUGUGUGAAUCUAGCAUUGGCAGGAACAGCCAGAGGCUCCUCUAAGGUAAAGUCCUGCUAUGCUGUGUGAUGCAUGUGGUUUAUAUGCAGGCUUAAAGAGGCUACACAUUAUCCUCAGGCUAGGUAAAAGUUGAACGCAAGAAUUAGAAUUUAAUUUACAUAAAGGUGCUUGGAAACGGUCCCCAUUACAUUUCCCCCCCUAUUGUGAGAUUAACUAGUCAUUUAGGGCACUCCUGUUCCAUAGUAGUGAAGUCCAUUGUGAUAACAAGUUGUUCCUCUUCAUCAGAUGCUUCUGGCUACAUGCUUAAGACCCUUUCACUGAUGUAAAAUGAGACACCAACCAGAGGGAGGGGCUCACAUUGGUUCUCUAGUCUAGACAAAUUUAUUUUGCACCAUUUUUGCAUAGCCAAAAAUGGGAGGGGGUGGUGGAAAUAACAUUUCCAAAAACAUUCUUUGGAUGUUGCUCACAGCAGCUUAUUGGCCCUGUAGCUCCAGGUAGGGUGUUUUAAAAAAGCAUCCCCCGGCUUUUCAGAUGCAGUUUUAAA